AGAUUAAAAUUGAUCAACAUAGCGAGUGGAUGUGUUGAAACAGAAACGAUUCUUUUUCUAUCAUAUCGCACUGUAAAUAAUGCUUCGUUUUUAUUUUAAGUUAUUUAUUUAAUUGACUGUCUGGUCUUUUAGUUGUUUUUAACCAUUAUUGUAUUCAUUUUUUACUGUGUCAUUUAAUUUUGAUACCUUUACAUUAAUGUAAUUUGCUUUUUGUGUCUAAUCGUUAAUUUAUUAAACUGCUUCAAAAGCUUAAUACUAGGGGACUUUAACGCUUGAGUAUGGGGGGCUUCGUGCCGGUUAACGAAAUAUUCACCUAAGUUCAGUCGUAGGAACUGUCACACAGAUAUAAUAUUCUCGUUGCUUUUUGAUUGAAUUAAAUAAUAGGUCGUUCGAAUGCGGUUUCGCGAUAACAAUGAUAAAUUUUAUUUUGUAAAUAAAUUAUUCUAAUUCAUGGCUCACCGCUAUUGUUAAUCACUUUAUCCUAAUGACGUUUUCAACGAAAUUUUGUGUGGCAUGAAAAAUAUUCGCAAUGCAAGGUUGCAUUCUGCAUUAUGUGAGCGAGAGACUUGAGUUAAACAAAGUUUUCAUUUUGGAGAACAGUUUAACAUGGAAUUGUUUAUUCUAGAUAAUAGCAUAAAUCGAGAGGAACGAGUAGUUUGUUGAAAGUAACCGCGCGCUACUGUCUUUCAAACAAAUGCAAUUUUAUGAUCGGUACAUAACGACUGACGAUGAAAAUUUUCUAAGUUUAAUCGAAGACGAUUUCGAUAAAUUUAUAUCGACAAACGAAACCUUGAGGUAUAUUUUCUCGUUGCGCUUUCGAUGAAACAUAGUAUUUCUUUCUUUUCAGUGUCCUUGUCUUUCCGCCAUUCGAUAGUUAUCAUCGUUUAUUAAUUCAUCGGGCACGAGACCAAAACUCGAAUUUAUUUAGUAUAUCCGUCGGCGGAAAGGGUAGUCGACGAACACUUGUCUGUUUCAUCGAAUUAGCAGCCAAAAUGGCUGAUGCCACCAGCUCAACCUUCAUCGACCAAUCUACAAUGAACAAUACGACACUCGAUGACAUAACCAGUCAAAAUAAAAAUCGUCGUCCAGAUCAAGUUUUGUAUAAACCACGCAGUCAGACAACGAAAAAUGGCGUUAAUGGAGACAGUUGCGAAGCGAAAACAACAACAGAAGAAACGACGAAUGAUAACGUCACAGUUCCAUCACCUUCCGCAACAACAGUGGCAUCAAAAAAAUGUUCGUCAUCAAAGCCAAAAUUGAAAGGUGCUCGUCCAUCAUUAGAAACUUACAUCCCACCAUCACGACGUCGUAGUACAAAAAAAGAGGAGACUUCUGUAUCCGCAGAAGAUAAACCGCAAAUCUUGGCGACGACGACGACGACGACCACCACCACUGCUAUAGAUAAUAUUGAUUCGGCUUUGUCAAAUAUAAAACUUUCGGACGAUGCAAGUUCGGAUGAUUCCGCAUCGUGGGAUAAAUUGUUUGAUGACAAUGGGAAUGCAAUCAACGAGGAUGAAUUUUUGGGAAAACUUCGGACUACAUUCAAAGAAGAAGAUAUUUCAGUUAAAAAAGUUGCAAACGAUUAUUCGAAAUGGUCAUUGGAGGAUAUACAAAUAAAUGAAGCAGAGUUGUGUCAUGUUGUUGAAGCCUAUGAUUUUCCCUCGCAAUUUCGUACAGAAGAUUUAGCGGCCGCAUUCAGAACAUUAACACGAACUACAUUUGAUAUCAAAUGGGUUGAUGAUACUCAUGCUCUAGUUGUUUUCCCCGAUGCUAGUUCGACUCUUGAUGCAUUACAAAUGCAACAUGCACUUAUGAAAAUUCGUCCCAUGUCUCAAGCAUCAGUCGCCUCUCGAAAAAAAGCAAAAACAUCUAGCGGUACGAAUAUAUUUGUGAAAUGA